AUGACUGUCGCUACCCCCUCAUUCGCAGGCAAGACGACCCAGAAGGCGGCUGUGUGCCAUGGCGCAUUGGAUCUGCGUGUGGAGGACCGUCCGGUGCGCGAGCCGAAGGAGGGAGAAGUGCAGGUCGCUAUGGGUGUUUCUGGACUGUGUGGUUCUGAUCUCCACUACUAUCUCCACGGCGCCAACGGGACCUUCAAGAUCCGCGACCCCCUUGUUCUGGGCCACGAAUCGUGCGGUAUCGUGACCGCCGUUGGGCCCAACACCAACCUGUCGGUCGGCGACCGUGUCGCCCUCGAAGUCGGCAUCAGCUGCCGCACCUGCUCGUACUGCAAGGACGGACGGUACAACCUGUGCCCAAACAUGCGUUUCUGCAGCUCGGCCAAGACGCACCCCCACCUCGACGGCACGCUGUGCGAAGUCAUGGUCCACCCCGCGCACCUGUGCCACCUCCUCCCGAAGGGGGUUAGCAUGACCGAGGCGGCCCUUGCUGAGCCCCUCUCGGUGGUGCUUCACGCAUACAAGAAGGCUGCGCUUCGUCCGGGAGCCAAGGUGCUCGUUAUUGGGGCUGGUGCGGUCGGAUUGCUCGCGGCAAGCUUGGUCAAGGCUUGUGGAGCAAGCACUGUUGUGAGCGUCGAUAUCGAGGAGACCAAGCUCGGGUUUGCCAAGGAGAUGGGAUGGGCCGACACUACUUUCACCCUUCCCAAGGGACCACGCGUUUCGGGAGCAGAGAGCCUUGAGGCCGCCAAGGCUAACUGGGACCUCCUGAAGGCUUCGCCAGCCAUUGUGGAGAACGGUUUGGAGAACGGAUUCGACGCCGUAUUCGAGUGCACGGGUGUCGAGCCUUGCAUGCAGCUCGCUUGCUAUGCCGCUGCGACGGGCGGAAAGGUCCUCUUCGUCGGUAUGGGCACGCCCAACAUGCUCCUCCCCGCCGCGGCGACCCUUCUCCGUGAGGUCGACCUCCACGGCGUGUUCCGUUACGCCAACUGCUACCCCGAGGCACUUGCGCUUCUUGGCGCUGGACGGCUGGGCGAUGUCGCCAAGAUGGUCACGCACCGCUACCCCCUCGACCGGGCAGGCGAGGCCUUCGAGGCCGUCAAGGCUGGACGGGAUGCUGAGGGCAAGGCUGUGAUUAAGGUUGUGGUGGGGACUGAGCUUGACUAG